UAUUAAAGUAAGCAUUUGAAUUCCACCUUCCACAUAAGCAGAAACCGAAACAUUCAAUAGAAAAAGAAUAAAAAUGCGUCUAAAACUAUCCGUGCUGACGACAAUAUUAUGUUGCAUUGUUAUAGCAAAGGAGGCCGAAACGGUAGGCAUAUUUUCAGGUCCCCAGGAGUUCUGCUACACAGAUAUGGAAUGUGGACCUGAUAGCGACAAAUGGGACGGCUUUUGUCACAGUGGGAAGCGGCAGUCGCCAAUAAAUUUGAAAGUUCCAUACCAUUCGCCAAGCCGAUACACGCACUUGUUACCUCUGGAUAGAUUUCAAGCGGACCAUUUCUUCAUUCAAAACAAUGGACACACCAUCAACGUAGAUAUGACCCCCGUUGGAGAAAACUCGCAAUUUUUUCCAGGCCACGGCCUCUCAUUUACAAAGUACAAAUUUUCCAAUGUCCAUUUCCACUGGGGGGCUUCUAACUCGGAGGGGUCAGAACAUCAACUAAAUUCACGAAACUUUUCCGCGGAGAUGCAUCUUGUGCAUUUUAAUGCAAAUUAUAAGACUCUUCGAGACGCCAUAAACUCGGGAGAUCCAAACGCGUUAGCUGUGGUUGCCAUUUUUUUGCAAGUUGAUGACUCGGUCGGUCCAAGCCCUGCUCUUGCACCCUUGGUUAAUGCCAUAGACCAAAUUAGAGAACCACAUACUCACUGGAUGAAGGUUGAGACUCCCAUUGACCUCUCCCCCCUGAUUCCGAUGAGACACGAUGCCACUGUUUACUCCUACCAAGGCUCUCUCACCACGCCGCCGUGCAAUUCGCAGGUCAACUGGUACGUUUUUGGAGAACCAGUACCAAUCUGGUCAAGUGACGUGUCAGCUUUCAGAGGAGUGAUGGAUGGACGGGAUGCACCAUUAGAGAACAAUCGACGACCAGUUCAGCCCAUGUCUGACCGGCGAAUUGAAAUAAUCAAAUUUGUGUAAUAUGACUUGAAUAUGUAUCAAUAAGUCAUUACUAUGUGUCACGUGUCAGAUGGCGUAUAAAAGAAUUUUUUUAUUAUUAUUUUCGGACAAACAGUAAUAAAUUUUAGCCAGUGAUUAUUUUUUGUAAUCGAG